CUAUGAUGGCCCAGGAACACGCUUAUUCUUCAGCCGUAGAGAAACUUUUGAAUUGCGAGGUACCAUUACGGGCUCAAUAUAUACGAGUGUCAUUUCGCGAAAUCACUCGAAUUUUGAAUCAUUUACUUGCUCUAACCACUCAUGCUAUGGAUGUGGGAGCAUUAACCCCGUUCCUGUGGGCUUUUGAGGAGCGGGAGAAAUUGUUGGAAUUCUAUGAGAGAGUCUCGGGAGCCAGGAUGCAUGCCAGUUACAUACGACCAGGUGGAGUGGCACAAGAUCUGCCUCUUGGCUUAUGCCAAGAUAUUUACGACUUUACACGACAAUUCGCUUCUCGUAUUGACGAAUCAGAAGAGAUGUUAACCGGCAACCGUAUCCGGAAACAACGAUUAGUGGAUAUUGGUACUGUCACUGCACAGCAGGCCAAGGAUUGGGGAUUUAGUGGUGUAAUGCCAAGAGGUUCGGGAGUAUGCUGGGAUUUGAGAAAAGCAGCACCUUACGAUGCCCAUGACCAAUCGGAUUUUGACGUACCAGUGGGUACCAGGGGAGAUUGCUAUGAUCGCUACUGUAUCCGCAUCGAAGAGAUGCGACAGAGUCUGAGAAUCAUUGUGCAAUGUCUUAAUCGAAUGCCCGAUGGCAUGGUGAAAGCCGAUGAUCGUAAGCUAUGUCCCCCAUCACGAUGCCAAAUGAAACUCUCCAUGGAAUCCUCAAUCCACCAUUUUGAACUCUAUACAGAGGGUUUUUCCGUACCAGCUUCUUCGACCUAUACCGCGGUUGAAGCCCCUAAAGGAGAAUUUGGUGUGUUUCCGGUCAGUAAUGGGAGCAAUCGUCCCUAUCGUCGUAGAAUAAGAGCACCUGGCUUUGCCCAUUCACAAGGACCUGAUUCUAUGUCCAAACAUCACAUGCCAGCAGAUGUGGUCACCAUCAUCGGUACUCAAGAUAUUGUGUUUGGAGAGGUAGAUAGAUAGGUAGAGGACAGUUGGUUGCUCACCCUAGCUUCAUUGCGAGCC